UUCGCUUCGUCUUCACUCAAAAUUUUCACUCUCUCUCCACCACUCUCUCUCUCUCUCUCUCUCAAAAGCUCGAGCUUUCCGUACGUACAGAGUUCCAGCUUUCUCCAACUCUCCCUCCCUUUCGCUUGAUUUCUCAGAAUUUUCUGGUUUCCGAUCAUAAUUUUCUGAAAAAUUACACUCAAAGCGGUCGAUUUCUCAGAGUUUGAAAGGGUCGAUUUAUUUGCAUACCAUUUUUGCUGUUUUUUCUUUACUUCUGACAAGAACGGUCCUUUUUCUGCUCCGGGUGUUUUGAUCUGGCUCUGUUCUUUGUUUGGUAUCUGAUUUUUUUCGCAUUCGAUGCAAAUUUAGAGAAAAUCCGAGCAGCCCGGAAGAAAGAAUGAAGUCUUUGGAUGCGGAGUCGUGUAUUUUGUGUCCAAUCAAAUACACGGAGCACAGAAGCAGGACAAGGAAAGUGACCAAACCGCGAAAGAAGUCGACAGCCGAGUUCAACUCGUCAGUCAUCCCGAGAAUCGUACGAAUAUCGGUGACCGAUCCCGACGCCACGGAUUCCUCCAGCGACGAAGGGGAGGAGUUUUUCGGGCGGCAGAGAGUGAAGCACUAUAUUAACGAAGUCAACAUCGAGAAGGACUUCAGGAACAGCCUUGUCAUCAAGAACAACGCCCGGAAGCGGCCGGCUGCUGAGGUUCCGGCCAACCGGCGGCCAAUGAAGAACGCAGCUUCGCCGACCAACGGCGGCAAGAAGUACCGCGGCGUAAGGCAACGGCCUUGGGGGAAGUGGGCGGCUGAGAUUAGAGAUCCUGCCAGACGUCAACGCCUGUGGCUGGGGACCUUCGACACGGCGGAGGAAGCCGCCAUGGUGUACGAUAAUGCCGCUAUUAAGCUCCGCGGUCCCGACGCUUUGACUAAUUUCGUGGCUCCGCCGCCGAAAGAGGAGGAAAAGCCAGAGCCGCUGGUUAACGAGCCUGUCGAGGUGGAGACUAACGGAACAUCGUCGGUUUCCGGUUACGAUUCCGGGUCCGAGUCUCACAAUCUGGCCUCUCCGACCUCCGUCCUCCAUUUCAGAAGCCAACCCAUCAUUGAAGAAGUUGACGAGGCUCAAAGAUUCCAGAUGUUCGACCGAGUCGAUGAGUAUGAAGACGAAACCGGUACGAACAUUUUGUCCGACGAUUUGUCCGAUUUCGCUAACUAUUUGCCGCUGGACUUGCCUUACUUCGACGACGCAUUCAGUUUCUCAGCUUCGGAGUCGCCGCUGUUCGACUCGCCUCUGUUUUUCGACGACGACUCCGCCGCAGCAGCCGAUACUCUUCCGGAUUGCUCUGUGAAGGACGAUUUCAGCGAGUUGUUCCGGGACACGUUCGACGCGUCGCUGUCGCAUACGGCGUCGUCUAUGUGCCAAGGGGAUGACUACUUUCAAGACAUUUUGUUUGGUUCCGACCCGCUGGUGGUCCUCUGAGAGAACUGAGCCACCGCUGACAAAGUUUUGCCACCGUUGGCUGGCCGAGAUAUCGGCCAGAUUUUUGUUUCGGACGAAAUAUCGGCUUUAUUUAUUUUGCUGCGUUAGUAUUGGUAAUUAGUAAUUACUUUAAUUAUUCGUUUGAACGUCUCCGUUUAAAAGUUGACGGAGAGUUUAGUUGAGGUGAGGAUUUUAGCCCAGGAGUGUAUAAUUAUUAUUUAUUAAUUUUGGCCGAAUAAUGAUAAUUUAUAUAAUGUUUUUAAUUAA